GACGGAGAGGCUGACGGCGUCCUAGUGAGAGCGGUGAUUGGCGCAGAACCCUGCAAAUCCCGGGAAGGCCCGUAGAGAACUGACCAAAAAAAAAAAAAAAUGUGGUGGGGGGCAUGCGCGGUCUGGAAGGCGGUGCUACCAUCCGUUGCCCCCCGAGAGGAUUGUGCACGUCGACAGGGCCCUGACGCCUGGAUUCGAGACCGGGAGUGUGGGAAGAGACGGCCAGGAGUGCGACCUGAUUAUUGCCACCAGCGCAAUCCCCUGGGGACGGGAAGAAGGGGACAGACACUGGCCUCAAAGACCUGAUCUGAUACUCCUGAUGAGACCCACCUCAGGCCGUGCAGCCCCAGAAAAUGAGCCUGCUGUGGUGAAGCUGGAGGACUCUGACAACAACGAUGAGAGAGAAGGUACAUUGUGGGACCCAGGCCCUGAGGCUGCAAGGCUACGCUUCCGGUGCUUUCGGUAUGAGGAUGCAAUAGGUCCUCAGGAAGCCCUGGCCCAGCUCCGAGAACUGUGUCACCAGUGGCUACGCCCAGAGAUACACUCCAAGGAACAGAUGCUGGAACUCUUGGUGCUGGAGCAGUUCCUAGGUGCACUGCCUCCUGAGAUCCAGGCCCAUAUGCAAGGGCAGUGGCCGGGCAGCCCUGAAGAGGCUGCUGCCUUGGUUGACAGACUUCGAUGGGAGCUUGAUGGACCUCGGAAAUGGGUCACAGUCCAGGUGCAGGGCAAGGAGGUCCUAUCAGAGAAGAUGGAACCCUCCAGCUUCCAGGCUAGACCUCACAUCAACCUUCAGACUCCAGAGCCUGGGGCUGAGACUCCCCCAGAUGCCAUGCAGGAAUUGCCGCUGAACCUACAAAUGAAAGAGGAGACAGAGUUGAUGGAGAAUCCAGAGCUCCUGGAGUCUGGGCCUCUUCCUGCUGUUCAAGAGGCUGCAGCCACUCUCCUACCUAAGGAGGCCCAGGGCCAUGGGACAGCACUGGACCAGACCUCUCCUCACAGCAACACUGAGCCUGAGGUGCCCCCAUGGAGCGAGGAAGACCCUAUGCCCCUGUGGCAUGAGGAAGUAGGGGGCAUCUUUUCACCAGGGUUUACACUGCAGAUGGACAGCAUCACAGCAGAGCCAGAUACGGUGAGCCCCCACCUCCAUGUCCCCUGGGAUCUGGACAUGGCUAGCUUCUCUGGACAGAUGCAGUCCCCUACCAGGGAAGGUGGCUUUGCCCAUUCCCUCGUACUCCCCAGCGACCCAGGAGGCGAACAGGACCCUGCCUGCGAGGAUCCCUGCCCUAGUAUGGGCCCAGCACUGGUGGCGACUCGCUGGCAUGCCCCAAGGGGCCGGAACCCAAACCACCCUAGCACAGGGACUGGAGCGAUUCGAGGCGGCCGCUGCGACGUGUGUGGCAAGGUGUUCAGCCAGCGAAGCAAUUUGCUGCGGCACCAGAAGAUCCACACAGGCGAAAGACCGUUUGUGUGUGGCGAGUGUGGCCGCAGCUUCAGCCGCAGCUCUCACCUGUUGCGCCACCAGCUCACGCAUACUGAGGAACGGCCUUUCGUGUGUCGCGACUGUGGCCAGGGCUUCGUGCGCAGCGCCCGCCUGGAGGAGCACCGGCGCGUGCACACGGGCGAGCAACCGUUCCGCUGCGCAGAGUGCGGCCAGAGUUUUCGGCAGCGCUCCAACCUACUGCAGCACCAACGCAUCCACGGUGACCCGCCCGGCCCGGCGCCGCCCAUCCUGCCCCUCGCCGGAGUCCCCGAGCCCCCGGGCCCUUUCCCGUGCAGCGAGUGCUGCGAGAGCUUCCCACGACGCGCUGUGCUGCUCGAGCACCAGGCGGUGCACACCGGGGACAAGUCCUUCGGAUGCGUGGAGUGCGGCGAGCGCUUCGGCCGCCGCUCGGUGCUGCUGCAGCACCGGCGCGUGCACAGCGGCGAACGGCCCUUCGCCUGUGCCGAGUGCGGCCAGAGCUUCCGGCAGCGCUCCAACCUCACCCAGCAUCGGCGCAUCCACACCGGCGAGCGGCCCUUCGCCUGCGCCGAAUGUGGCAAGGCCUUCCGCCAGCGGCCCACGCUCACGCAGCACCUGCGUGUGCACACCGGUGAGAAGCCUUUCGCGUGUCCCGAGUGCGGCCAGCGCUUCAGCCAGCGACUCAAGCUCACGCGCCACCAAAGGACCCAUACCGGCGAGAAGCCCUACCGCUGCGGUGAGUGCGGCUUCGGCUUCACGCAGGUGUCUCGGCUCACCGAGCACCAGCGCAUCCACACAGGUGAGCGGCCCUUCGCCUGUCCCGAGUGUGGCCAGAGCUUCCGGCAGCAUGCCAACCUCAUUCAGCACCGACGCAUCCAUACAGGCGAGCGGCCCUACGCGUGCCCCGAGUGUGGCAAGGCCUUUCGCCAGCGGCCCACGCUUACGCAGCACCUGCGCACCCACCGGCGUGAAAAGCCCUUCGUCUGCCAGGACUGUGGCCGCCGCUUCCACCAGAGCACCAAGCUCAUCCAGCACCAGCGCGUCCACAGCACUGAGUAGCUGUACGGCACCGAGUAGGUCAAAACACCUACAGGGUUAUUGUGAGCCUGGCAUCUCCCAACAGGCCGGAGUAGAGCCUGGGCUUCAAUAAAGAGAUGAUGCUUCCCGAACCUGCACAGUUCCUCUGCCCACCUUACCGCUGUUUCCGUGCUGGUAUAAGCUCUGCAUGCAAGGCUUCCAGAGGGGACUACACACCCCCUCCCACAGCAGCCCUCCCACAUCUGCUUUCUUGUGGGAUAUACUCUGUAGCAUACUUCUGGCUUAUACAGAGGGGAUGCCCACCCUCAGAUGGGGCAGAGUAGCCACAGUCACAGAGGAGGAAAGGGUUCUCUACAUCUGCCAUGGGACUAGACAAGAGAGAGGUCUACCAACUAUGACACUGGUGGGUGACUGAAAAGGGUAGUCCAGCUGGGUGUGGUAGUACACAUGUGUAACCCCAGCAUUCAGGAGACUUAGACAGGAGGAUUGCAGAGAGUUUGAGUUCGGUCUGGGUGACACCAUAAGCUGUUAUUUCAAAUGCACAUAUUGAGUGUGGUGGCACAUACAUGUGACCCCAGCAGUUGGGGGAUAGAGAGACAGGAUAAUUGCCAAAAGUUCAACAGGUAAGUCUAUGAAACAAGUUCCUGGAUGGUCAGAGUUGCAUAUCGAGAACCUAUCAAACAAAACAAACAAACAAACAAAAACCUGCCAAAAACAGAAAAUACAAACAUGGUAGUGUGAUGGCUCAAGACUUGUAACCAAUCCAGCUAUUCAGGAGGCUGAGGUAGGUGAACUGCUAGCUAUUCCAAGGCCUGCUUGGGGCCCGGGGCUUUGCACUGGGAUGGAUCAGAGGUAAAGCCACUCGUCGUCAAGCCUGAUAACCUGUGUUUGAUCCCUGGAACCCACAUGUUGGAAGGAGACAACCAAUUCCUGAAAGUUGUCCUCUGACCUCCACAAUCUGUGUUUUCUGGGUUAUGUUUGCACAUGCACAUACACAAAUAAAUAAAUGGG